CCAGUGUGGCGGUGGUGGCGGCAGGAGGAGGCGCGGGAGCCGCGGCGCCGCGUACCCCGGCAGCCUCAUCGCUGGGCCCCGCCGGCGCCCCGAGCCCGCCGGCACUCCCCAUGCCCGUGUGGUGCUGCCGCUGCUCCUUGGCCGGUCACGUCAGAAGUUACAGCAGCCCUGAAAGCGAAGGACAGCUUUUGAAUUCCUUCGUCCAGUAUUUCGGUGACAGCCUUGGGAGGAAGAUUAAAAGAAUGCCUUUAAUUGAAGAAACUGUUCUGCCUGGAGACUCCCUUCUUACUCUUCCUGUAGUAAUAAUAGGAAAUGGACCUUCCGGAAUUUGUCUUUCUUACCUGCUGUCUGGGUACAGACCAUAUUUAUCUCCUGAAGCUAUACACCCAAACCCCAUUCUGCAUACCAAAUUAGAAGGAGCUCGGCAUCUUUCCAUUGUUGAUCAAGAUCUGGAGUACCUGUCUGAAGGCCUUGAAGGGCGCUCUUCGAACCCAGUUGCUGUGCUUUUUGACACGUUGCUUCACCCUGAUGCUGACUUUGGGUACGACUACCCGACAGUUCUGCACUGGAAGCUAGAACAACAUAAUUAUAUUCCACAUCUAGUACUUGGUAAAGGACCGCCUGGUGGGGCUUGGCAUUCUAUGGAAGGCUCUAUGCUAACAAUCAGUUUUGGAGACUGGAUGGAAUUGCCUGGCCUCAGCUUUAAGGAGUGGGCAGCUAGCAAACGCAGGAACAUAAAGAGCAAUCGAGUGAUGCCAGAGGAAAUAGCUUGCUAUUACAAACACUAUGUUAACGUCAUGGGCCUCCAAAAGAAUUUCAGAGACAACGUUUACAUAACAUCGGUAUCCAGGCUUUACCGGGGAAAGGAUGAGGAAGAUAGAGGUCAACUACAUGAAGAUAUUUCAACACAGCAGUUGGAAAUGGAAGACGGACAGAAAUCACUAAUAAAGAGAAACUGGGAAGUGAGAGGUUAUCAGCGAGCAACAGAUGGUUCUCAUGUGCCCUUCUGCCUUUUUGCUGAGAACGUGGCUCUUGCCACAGGAACCUUUGAUUCUCCUGGCCGGCUGCAAGUUGAAGGAGAAGACUUUCCUUUUGUACUCCAUUCCAUGUCUGACUUUGGAGCUGCCAUCAGCAAAGGGAAGUUACGUGGGAAGGCAGACCCUGUGUUAAUUGUGGGCGCUGGACUGACAGCAGCUGAUGCGGUGCUGUGUGCCUACAACAACAACAUCCCAGUGAUACACGUGUUUCGGAGAAGAGUUACUGACACGAGCCUGAUUUUCCAACAGUUACCUAAAAAGCUCUACCCCGAAUACCAUAAGGUUUAUCAUAUGAUGUGUACUCAAUCCCAUACCAUGGUCUCUAAUCUACAUUCUGCCUACACUAGUUUCCCUGAACACAAUGUACUUUCCUUCAAGCCAGAAAUGAAAUGUGUUCUUCAGAGUGCCUCCGGACUGAAGAAAAUUGUGAAGUUUUCUGUAGCCUUAGUCCUGAUAGGUUCUCACCCAAAUCUGUUCUUUCUAAAGGACCAAGGACAUAGCAUAGGCCAUCACUCUAAUCAGCCUAUCACGUGCAAGGGGAAUCCCAUAGAGAUCGACCCGUACACUUACGAGUGCACUAAAGAAGCCAACCUCUUUGCUUUAGGGCCUCUGGUGGGAGACAACUUUGUGCGGUUUUUAAAAGGAGGUGCACUGGGCAUCGCGCGAUGCUUGGCAAUAAGGCAAAAGAAGAAACAUGAAUUGAUUGAAAGUGGGGAUGGAGGAGGUGAUGGGGUACCAUAAGUGAGACCUUAGAAGCUUUCACACACAGGAUUACAGAUGUAGUCUUAACAGAACACUCACUGACCGUGAAAGUUGAUAGCAGUCACAUUUCUGUUGUGUACAAGUAACCUGCGCUUGUAUUGCUUGGUGAAGGAUGCUGGUACUAUGAUAAUUCACCUUUCCAAAAUGCAAACAAUCGAUCUGCUAUUACAACUGAUCUCUGCUCAACUGGAAUUACUUCCAGAUAAACAGAAAAUGAAACUAACUUAAUAUUGACCUGCCUGUCAUCUCUUGCUCAGCUGAAAGAGCAGACUUCCUCUGGGAAAAGCAAUGCCUACCAGAGUGGCUUUUCAUUUUAGUGUCAAAUGUGACGAAAUAUUCAUACCAUGAAAUUAAAAUAACUUCUAAAAGCAGAAAGCUUGCUUAGUACAAAGUGUUACUUGGUCCCAAAGCAAAUUUGGAGCCUUCUGCUUUAAACAAGGAUUUUGUUUCUUAGCCAUAGUAAUACUUGGAAUGAGCACUUGGUAAAAUGUUUUUUACUGUGGGAAGGAAUUUUGUACACAAGAAGUAAUCCUCAAAAGUUAGAAACUAUCACAUUUGAUCAGUGGAAUAAAAGAAUAAGCAUUCCCAGCUAAUCUUGAAUGCAUGAUUUGACACAAUCUCUUAAUGUUUUUUCACAUUAUGCCUUCAGUUGGGCAAGUGCAGAAAGACUCACGUGGGAUGUUCCCUUACAGUGACAUGUGCAUUUCUGAGAAUUCUCAGUAACGUAAACAAUAAAGUGCAGAUAUAAGUGCUCUUACUACAGUGUCAAUAUAGUGAAUAUCUAGUGUGCUACUGAAGAGUUAAGUGUGUGAGAAAACUUGAAGUUUUUUGCUUCCUAGCUCAGGAAGACUGAAUGGGAUCACUGGACUGGUGAAGGCGGGUGAUAGAUUCUCUCAUCUCCCAUUUGACCACAUAUUGAUUAUUUAUCUUUUUUUUUUAUUGCUAAAGCAACACAGAACAGUAAAACUAUUUUAGCCUGCAGUUUUUGAAACUUGAAAAAGGGUUAUAUCUCACAGCCAGCUAAAAAAGUUGCCAAACCUAAACCAAACAUGCCAUAGUUCCUGUAACUCUUAAAAGCUUAUUAACAAAGACUUAACUUAUACCUACCUCUGUACUGAAGUUUCACCUUUCUGCUCCAUAAUGUAAGACCUAGAUUUCAUUUGCUGGGUUUCACAGUGAAGUUUAGUUUACCUAAAUACACUCAAGGGUUAUUCACCACAGUGAGGUAAGCAACGGCUUGUUAGAAGACUCGAGUUAUCUUCCAGAAUUCUCAAUAAACAAAAGUGCUUGGUUUUAGCAGAUUUAUGACCAAACAUUUGAAUUCAGGUCCAAUGUGAUGGAAUAGAUGUUAUUUAUUUUUUUGUUUGUUUGGGGCCUUUAUGUGGUGAAGAACAUCCUGUUAGUUUAAGGUAUUGUAUUUGCAUGAUUAGAAUCUCCAUAUUACAUCUUGGACAGAUUUUUAAAAGGAAAUGAGGCUUAGAGUUUGUAAACCUGCUAGUGCUUGCUAGUUUCCCAGCUGUCUAACUUUCACAAUUUGUAGAUACCUAUAUGCAAUAAACGCCUGUUUUCUGUGCCUACUGAAUGUGAUGGGGUUGUGUGGCUGCUGCAGGGCUUCAUGCAUGCCAGUGAGUUACUCAGACUUCGAACAUAGAAGUUGAAAAGGUGAAGUAUGCAAGGAUUAAAAUGACUCUCUUUUCAAUGGGCGUCCAAAGUAGUUUAUGAAAUGAUGCAUUAACACACAUGAUAUAGAGCACAUUGACUUCUGCAUAGCCUACAUGGUUGGAUUUAACCAUCCAUUGCCAAUACUAAAGACACUUUUUAUACUAAUACUUGAGCUGGUUUUCAUAAUGCUGAAUUCUAGGCUGAUUUUCUUCAUAACUGAAUUGAGAUUCUAUAUUUUGCUUUCUUUGGCAGAAACUGUGUAAAUAUAAACCCAUCUUCAACUUGUGAUACUUAAUAAUUUUAACUGACACCCAGUGUUACAAGUGCUAAAUACUUGAUUACAGACUUUAUUGGGGUUAAUAUAUUGAAAAUGUAUCUGCGCUGUGAUUCAGUUCCUUCAGUUUUGUGUCAAUAUAAAUGCCUGAAUUCAACUUAUCCUGGCAUGUUGCUCCUUUCUCAUUUGUCAUGAGAGACAUUUAAAAUGCCAACUAAACAAAAGCAGCAAUUUACUUAAAUAGUUAUUUUGCAAAAAGAGGAAAAAAAGCUUCAGAUAGGUAAAUCUCUAGCCCUGGCUGCUGCAGCUGCUUACAAACUCUGUGUGUUGCAGUGACAAAUUUGUAGCAGGCAUUGUUGUCCUGUUAUUACACUUCACUGCAGUGUUACAGCACAUUGAAGUUUAACUUUUUAAAUCAAACUUGGCUGUAUUUUUGCGAUAAAAAUUUGUGUGCGAGACCCCAUUUUUCUAAUUUAUCAUGUUUAUUAAGCCAGUAUAGAAAUAUUGUUUUUAGCCAGAGCUUUCCUAAAAAAAAUCGUCCUGUCUUAUCUUUUUUCUAGUAGUUGCUAGGUUUAAAGUUGUAAGUGGACUUUCUCACUGGGUGAGAAAGUGGGUUUCUGAUUCUAAGAGAAAUUGAUGUUUCUCUCCUCUUUAGUAUUUUGAGAGGAGAUGUGAAAAGUCAUGCUUUGCCUUAGGAUAGUUUUACCUAAAGCAUACUUUCGGCAUUUAUUGUGAAUUAGAUAUUGACACUUAAUAGUUGUCUUUUGGGGAAAUAAUUUUGUUUCUUAGGUUUAAAAAAUAAAAAUUUGAAUUUCCUUUUAUGUUCUAAUAGUCCCCUGGAGGGAACUAUGCAUCUUUCAUCUCUUCUUUGAGUCAGAAAGGUAAGCUUUUAAACUUUACGGAUGUAAAAAAAAGAUGUUUACUACUUAAACUUCAUUAGAAGAAUGAAGACAGGAAGGAAAAAAAAUAGCUAAAGGAAUUUAAUUUGAAUUUCUAGAAUUUGUAAAGGUGUGUUAAUCAUACUAUGUAUUUUCUAAGAGGCUAGUACAGAAAUGUCUCUUACGUUCACCUUUGGUUCUUAAUGUAUCUCUGAGCUAAACUGCUGCUGAGAUUAUUUUAAGUAGUAUCCAGCCGUUAAACUGGGGCAGAUUUCCUGAACAGUCUUCCCCGUGUGUGAUGAUUCAGCAGUCGGUGCUGCUAAGGCAGGCACCUGUCAGAGUGGCUGGAACCAGCACAGCUGUUUCUUGAUUUCCAGUAGGUGAUUGACUUAUACUUAAAACAUUUGCCACAAGAGAGUAAGGCUGAGUUUUACUCUACUGAGUAAAUGCCGAAAUCCUUCCUGCGAGCAAUGAAGAGAGAGUUGUGACAGGAACAUCAGAUUCUUCUCUCUGAGGAACGUGCAGUGCCUUGGGCUGGGCCAGCAGCUCAGGCUUGCCAGUGAAUGCACAGAGAGAGUACAGCUCCCAAAACCAGUGCCAACACAUUAAGGGAAACCAAAGUGCGUCCUACAGCUGCAGGUCCCUGCUCCUCAGUACUUAGGGGAAUUGUUGGGAUAUACUGUGUUUUCCUUCUGGCCUGCUGAGUGUAGGCACCUUUUUUCAAUGAUUGAUUUCAUAGAGUGAUGGUUGUGUAUUGAAAAAAUACUUAGUUUGUAGAAGGAGGUAGCUAUGGUUCUUUCUCUCACAGCUCAGGAACUCUGAAAAGAAGACUGGAUCAGUAAGGUGGUAGAACCGUAAAAGAACAAUGUUCUGUCAUUUUGGAUUAUUUUUUGAGGUAAGAGCAAGAUGGGAGCACCUCAACUGAUGUGAGAGCUUUUUGGACAUUUACUUCCCCCUUUUCCUCUUGCCCAACCUGAAGGAAAAGCCACCCUUUGUUUGAAAUGACAGUAAUACCUCGUUCUAUUUAGCAGAAAAAAUGGGAACUGAAACACUCUGACAGAGAAAGGAAGGUUUUGGUGGCAUUAGGGGUAUGAAUUUGAAGCAAGGAUGUUGAAUUACAUAGAGCUUUUUUUUCUCAAGACCCUUCAAUUUAGGUAACUUUUUAAUCUUGAAUUGCUCAAAAAAUUGUGAGGUUAAGGAUGAUUUUGGCGUAAGGAACAAGGAUUAUGGGGAAGAAGACCCUUUAUUGUAUAGUUCACUAAUUAUAGUGAAGCUAAGCAGUGUUUCAAAGAUGGUUUUGUCUUUGCAGACACUAGAACACUUCAGCUCAAGCAAACCCUGAGCCUGAGUGCAUGUUACACUUGUCUGUGUGCUAGCUGAUUUUCUAAUAAAAGUAGUUUUGUACUUAAAAGAAUAUUAAACUGACCCUUAAAACCUAAUGAUCAUCAGUAGUCAUCAAACCCAGGGAAAAAAACAAACUUGAUAUUCUUAGCUCUCCUGUCCCUUUGAAACAAUUUGUUCUGGAGACUAAGUUAAUCUAGUUUGCACUUUCCUUCCCUGUCUCUUUAAUCUGAGAUCACUGGCAACAUCUUAAGUAUCAGCCUAUACUGCCUACAGUGGAUGCUUCAACAAACCAAAAUUCAGCUUCACAUUCCUGGACACCCUCUGUUGACUUACUUACCAGCAUAAAAAAAAAUAACGACUAGGUUUGUUAUGUAUUGACACAAUAUUAAGGAACCCUGGCAUUUUUAAGGUUCUUAUUUAACUAGAUGCAUAAAGAAAAAAUAGUUGUCCACAAAUAGGAAGAGAAAUCCAAGGAGAUACAUUUUGAGUUCCAGGGGAUACUCUGAUGAGAGGGAAGGGGUUCAUUUUUCAUCUGUUUGGAUUCUAGGACAAGCUUCUGUAUAAACCCAGGGAUUAUUGCUGUUAAAGAACUGAUCCUGCUACCUUACAUCUAGCUGGCACAAUUUGCACAGUCAAUACUGUGAUUCUGCCUGUUUUUCAGUUAGGUCUGGUAUGCUGCAUGUGCAAAUCCAAUUCUAAAUGAGAUAAAGGCUUACAUUCACCUACCUACAUGUUCACACACGAUAGCCCUGGACUGGUAGAUCCUAUGGAAACAUCCUUUCUGUGUGUCUUGCCUCAGAUUUUUUGCUUUUGCUGGAGUAUGGUUGGGUCAUGUCUUGCUUUUUUUGAUGAACAAUGUAAAUAUGUACAGAUUAUCUGCUGUUAGCUGACAUCUAUUCUUUGGAGCUGCAAGCAGUUUGUGAGGAGAACCUCAGCUUUGACUCGAUGACAAAGCUGGCUGAGGUGUGCUCACUAAGCCUGCUAAAGAAGCAAUAUUUAAAGUUUCACCUAGAAGCUACUUAUUUUGGUUUGAAGAAGGGGGGGAACUCUUAAGUCAAAGGAAAAAAUAACCCCACAGCUGGGGAAGAAGAGGCAUUCAGAAAGCUGUAGUGUUCAGAAAGAAGGGAACAGUGUUGGUUUGCAUGGACCUGGUGCUGUAGCCAAUGCCUGACACUCUGAUAGUCAAAGCCGGGGCAGCACAGUGUGGACAGAGCGCUAAAGCAAGUGGCAGGGGAAGCUGCUAAUGAGAAAAGAUAUGAUUUUGUGUAGUGUUUUUGUAAUUCUCACUGGUGGUUAUUGGAACACUUUAAGAGGAAGAAUGAGGAGUAACAUUAAGGCAGACAGUUCGGGUUUUGCCAUGUUUGGCUCAGGUUCUAAGGCAAUACCAGAACCAGAGGACAAUCAGAAUUUGCUAAUCAAACAGCAGCUGUGGCCAAACAUGACUGAGGAUAGAUUCAUGAAAGGAAACCCAGCAAGAACAGAACUAGUUUUAUAGGAGUGGUGAAAAGACAGAGUAAGAACAAGAGGGAGAAACUACCUGUGAAAAAAAGAUUGGUAA